CGAGAUUUUCAUAAUUGCAGGAAGGCAUCACAGCAUCUGAUGUGGCAUCAGCCAAUGAAUUUUGGGAUUUGUGUGCCGUAAUUGAACUAAUGGAGCCACAAGCUACAGCUCAUAUCACAGAGCACCCUGACACUUCUCGGAUGAAAGUAACAGUGGACGAAGUGGUCAAAAGGUUCCAUGCUCAGAUGGAUCAUGUCCCAUUAUUAUCACUGUAUGACAGCGACAAAGAUGUGGCCCUCAAAGUCCCUACAGCAUAUUUUAAACAUCAUUUUCACACAUGAUUUUUGUAU